CAGACACCCCACUCUCUCUGCCCGUCUUGGGCUGCGCUUCUUCGUCAUCGGCUCAGUAUUCCGUACACCUUCUCUCUUUGUCACUCGUCAUGCCUGCCGACCAAGUUACAGCCGGGAUCGCAAGGCUGGCUCUUGGCACAUCACACACCAUUGCUAACUCGCCAUCACCAGUGGUGCAACCUCCAGGGCCAAGUCCUUCCGGGAAUGGCGGACGGCUGGCCUCCCGGCUAGUCCAAGAUUGGCUCGCCGGCUGUCCUUUGCAGGGCAAGCACGGCGAACCACUGAUCGAGUGCCCCCCGCUACGUGUUUUCCCCCAUCGUCCCGAUGGGGGUCCCGAUCACGACCUUGUGUCCUUGCCCUCUCAGAGCUAUGUCGCGGCACACGAUCCAGAGGGUCGAGGCAGGACUCUGCUCUCCUGUAUGUGCAGUCACUGCCGCUACCACUUUGUCUUCCGGAUCUACCCUCCCCCUCUUCAGGAGCAGAGCACGGCACACCUGCAGCACCACUUCCGUAUUGAGGAAGCUGAAUGGGAUACUACUGCAUUGGAGCCUGCCAUGUCCCGGCCGUCCACACAGAGCUCUGUUUUGGGCAGGUUUCGGUAUGUCUGCACCCUUUGUGGCAUUGUCGUUAGCCUGGAUAUCUCUCUGCCCCGGCUGAGGCCGGAGUGGUUGAAGAUGAUCUCAGAUGAGGACAGGAUCAGGAAGUCCCUCAAGGCCGCCAGGGAGGAAGACCCACAGCGUUAUGCAGAUGUCGGCACAGAGAAGGAGACACAUUAUAGGACAACAGCUCUCCACACCUUGAAUCAGUAUAUCAAGAAUAUACUGGAAGAGAGCGGUACAGGGCCCCGUAAAAGGAUCUCGUUCCGGAACAAGACAUUCCAGGUCCAGUUUGGCCGGGAUUGCGACGAGAUUUUCCGAUAUCUCGGUUUUGAGGAGGACCACGACGCAAAUACCAACGAGUCAUACUGGAUCCCUCCGCGAUUACCGCCCCCCGAGGGCAAAACACCAAUCGGAUCCUCUAGGGCCUUCUACGAGGAUGUGAGGUCCGAAGUGCAGAGCGUCUUUGCUGGUAAACCACCUGCGCAGGGCGAGCCAACGGUCAUGCCCGUCUCACCGGCACCCCGCGACGAACUCGAGAAGGUGCUGGGGUGUGACAAGAGCCGCCGCUGUUUUAGCACCCUCCCCGUGAUCGAAAAUGAGGCCCGACACUUUGCCACGCUCGGUGCCCCGGUCGAUGCCGACGAUGCCCUUCUCAAGUUCGCGUACAGUCGGCAGGCGGAGUUGGACCCGGAAAAUACCUCGACCUACUUGGAAGCGCUCGGCACCCUCGCCGGUCGCCGGUCCGAGGAACUCCAGAUGUUUGUCUUCACUCACCAGGAGUUGCUCGCAAGACAGCAAAAGGAGGCCGCCGCCGGAGGGCCCAACGCGAGCCCGGUUGAGAAAGCGUACGCUCAUUUCGGCCUCACCAAGUCCUGCCCUGAGGAUCCUGCCUUUUUCAUUGGCGUGUACAGGACCUAUAGGGACCAGUCUCCUGCGCAGAAGUCCGACCACCGACUCGCCCUGCUCCAGAUCGCCAACGACCGCCAAAGUGAUGAGAUCAGGAACGAGGUCUUUGGAAAGCCGAUGGAUUUGCAGGAAGCUUGUCAGUUUCUCCGCGUGGAACCGGGAUGGCCAAUGGACAGCAUUGCAGUCAUGGCACAAAGUAUAUCCUCCGACUCGGACAUGGAUCAACUAGAUCUUCUCCUUCUUGCUCUCGAUGCGAUCUCGCUCUCCCGGGGAACGGACGACCCGAACCGUCCUGAGUUCGAGAGCGUCUUGGCCGAGCUACGGUCCAUUCGGCGGUCUCAACUAACUUCUUCCGGCACUGAGCACGUCGGCGCUGCGGUCUCAGCGUCCGACCACGCUAGUGACGCUGUGGAUCUGGAGCUGCCGGUCGGGCUGGCCAACCUUCGCAACACGUGUUACCUCAAUAGCAUACUGCAAUAUUUCUACUCUGUGAAUGCCGUCAGGGAUCUGGCAUUGAACACGGACUUCCCUGCCCUAGAACCGACCGAAGCGAAUCUCAGCAAUCUUUUACGUACGGAUAGCAGCAGCAACACCGGCCAUGAUCAGAGGCGGACUGAUUUGGAGACCGGUCGAGCCUUCGUUGGCCACGAGUUCGCGCGUGAGCUGAGCACCCUAUUCCGUUCCCUAAAUGCUUCUGCGGAAAACUCGAUCACGCCUCGCCAACGUCUUGCCAACGCUGCCUUGUUGAGGCCCGAGAAGCUCCGUCCACAGUCAGCAGAUCCCACAGCUGUCCCAGGUGCAAGCAACGAUGAUGCGCCGCCGCUGCCGCCGCGUAUAGCCAAGGGUGCUGUCACAGAAGCCAAAGACACGCCCAUGGCAGGAGUUGAACAAUCCGACGCCGCAAGUUCCGGAAGCUCGGAGACGCUGGUCGAUCAAUCCAGCGGAGAAAGUCCUCUAAUUUUUGCACUCGAGGAGGAGGAUUUGAAGGAGAAAGCUGCUGCGGCCGCAGUGACAUCGGCAGCAGGUGGCUCCAACAGACCAGCAAGCGAACCGCAGACUAUCAGCCGAACGAGUGAACCUGAGGUGAAAAUGUCGAAGCUCACCGUUGAGGAGCUCGCCGUAGAACUCGACAAGCCUAAUGUUGGGUCCGACCAGAUGGACGUUGACGAGGUCAUGGGGAAUGCCAUCGACCACCUGCGAGCCGCCUUCAAGGUUUCCACCGUCGGCAAUUCUGCAGCCCCGCCAGAUCCCAUCGAGCAGGCUUUCUUCUCAACCUUCAUCGACAACCGCAAGAAGAUCGGUGACUCGGAAUGGAACCGGACCACCAGGUCUGAUCGCUGGGUUACAGCGUAUCCUGCUCAAUCCGGGACGUUGGACCUGUACGAUGCUUUGGCCAACUCGUUCGACAUUGAGCCCCUACCGGGCAACCUCUUAUCUUUCACCACCAUCGAACGGCCCGCGCCGCAUUUUCACGUAUGUAUCCAGCGAUCCGACGGCGUUCGGAAGAACUCCAACCCCAUCACCAUACCCGAGACAUUGUAUCUCGAUCGAUUCAUGCAUACCGCCGAGACUCAAUCCUCUCUCUUCAAAAGGAGAAAGAGGAAGUGGGACAUCAAAACAAGAUUGAGCGAAAUGGUAACCCCUGCAAAAAAGCGUCUGGAAACAGCGAAACAGCAGUCGCAGAUUGGAGGCCGUCCCUCAAAGGCCGGCGCUCAGGAUGAUGGGCUCACUGAAGAGGAGAUCGAUGGAUUUCUGGUCCUUGGGGGUCUGGAUACGCGGUAUCAGAUUCCAUCCUCGUCUAUGGUUGAUGGCGUUGGUGUCUCGAAUGACGAACCCGAGACUCAGAGCUUCUUCGCCCUUGAUCCGGACCUAAAGCGGUUGGCGAAUAAAUACGGCGUUGAAGAGCCCGAUCUCUCUCUGACCGUCGCUGCAGACCCGCCCCCAAAGAGCGAUGCAACCACAACAUUUCCCCCGUCAGACUUGGAUGAAUUUUGGGAAAGAUUUGCGGCCGAGGAGGCUGAAGAGAAGGAGCGUCUGAUUACCGAGCGAGACAGACUCUUCAGCGAUGCUCAAAACGUCGCUUACCGCCUCCAUGCAGUGGUGUGCCACGCAGGAUCUUCUGCCUCUGCCGGGCACUAUUGGGUAUGGAUCCAUGACUUUGAGCGAGAUGUUUGGCGGAAGUACAACGACACCACGGUUUCGGUGCACCCAGCCGAGUUCGUCUUCGGGGAGCUCAACACCAAAGGUGAGCCCUACUACCUCGCAUAUGUCAAGGCCGACGAGGUCCAGAAUCUCGUCAGUAUACCACGCCGUCAACCGCAAGCUCCGCCACCUGUGCCACCGCGGCCGAGGUCGAGUCUGGGUGCCGUCAAGGCCGACGGGGAAGACAAUGUCAUGGCUAGCAUUGAGCACUGGGAAGACGUGGAGAUGCUGCCGCCUCCGUACUCAAACCCUUAGAAGGUUGAUCAAGGCGUCGGCUAUCGCGUUGUUGCCUGGAGGACAUUGGUCCUGCCUGUAUAGCGUCAGAGGG